GUUGCAGCAGGACCUCCCUCCUCCUUGAUCCUCCUUGUAUGCGCAGUUUUGCUGCAGCCCGGAGCCGAGCACAGCUGCCCGAUGCGACCAGCGGCAAACAUCAAUGACUAUCAGGCUUCACCGUUAAACACCAACCGCAGACUACUGCUGCUGGACAAAAGAAAAUCCAAACCAAACUAAAAAAACAAAACAAAACAACAACAACAAACCCCCCCCCACAAGUACACACGAAAGAGAACUGGUGAAAUUAAAGUGAGACGAUCCUCAUCUGUUCCCUCUCUAUUUUGGUUCUGACCGAGCAGGUAUUCUUCUACAAAUGGAUAAUGGAGACUGGGGCCAUAGGAUGACUACUCCUGUUACCUUGAACGUGGGAGGCCACCUGUACACCACCAGUUUAUCCACCCUGCAGCGCUAUCCAGACUCCAUGCUGGGAGCCAUGUUCCGUGGAGAUUUCCCAACAACUCGCGAUUCCCAAGGGAAUUAUUUCAUCGAUCGGGAUGGAACUCUUUUCCGGUACAUUCUGAACUUCCUGCGGACAUCUGAGCUUACCCUUCCUGUGGACUUCACAGAGACAGACCUCCUGAGGAAAGAGGCAGACUUCUACCAGAUCGAACCUUUGAUCCAGUGCCUUAACGAUCCAAAGCCGCUGUAUCCUCCCGACAUCUUUGAGCAGGUCGUGGAGCUCUCCAGCACUCGGAAACUGUCGAAGUACUCAAACCCAGUUGCUGUUAUUAUCACACAGCUAACCAUAACUACUAAGGUUCACGCCCUACUAGAAGGUAUUUCGAACAACUUCACCAAGUGGAACAAACACAUGAUGGACACCAGAGACUGCCAGGUGUCAUUCACCUUUGGACCAUGUGACUAUCACCAAGAGGUGUCCCUAAGGGUUCACCUCAUGGACUACAUAAUGAAACAAGGCUUCACCAUUCGGAACACACGUGUGCAUCACAUGAGUGAGCGGGCCAAUGAGAACACAGUGGAGCAUCACUGGACUUUCUGCAGGCCUGCUCACAAAGUUGAAGACUGAGUUACGCAGCACAGUUGUUGUGGGUGACACUACUGCUGGAUUUAUCUUUUUAGGUUAUGCAAAUGAUGAUUUCAAAAAAACAAAAAUAUUGAGCAGAGUUUUAGUAAUUUUUCCAGAAAGCAAAAAAUGAUGAAGAUGUGAAAUCUGAUUUAUUCACCUGUUUGGACACAACUUUAUUUGUGCUACCGCUACAUGUGCUUAUUAUACUCUAAGGCCUACAAACCCAACACUGAAGUUUAUACAUUUAGGGACAUUGUAUUAUCCCUAUUAUACUACAAUGUAGGUAAAUGGUUCUUAUAGGAAUAACUGGCUAAAAAGUCUGUAAAAAUGUGGUCAUAAAGAAGGUAUGAUUUGAAACUCUGCCUACACUGAGUACUAGUACCUUAACAGUAAAAUGCAUUAAUAUGAAUUUCAGCCACAAUUUGUAGAAAAAAAAAUACUUGUAGAAGGUAAUGUGGUCACAAUUUAAAAUUAAUAUUGACUCCAGACACAUCACAAAAUAUUUUUUUUGUCAGAUGUCAGGAGUAUACUUUUAUAAUAACUUAUUUAGCUCAGUAGCUUUCUGGUGAGUUUCUAGUAGAUCUUGAAAUUAGUCUCUUAGGUCUAGCCCCCUGUAUGGUACUAUUUAUGAAGCCCCUUGUAGUUGUUGCAUGUGUCUGAGUGUUUUUGUAUAUGUAUUACUGUAUGUAUCUGCUGUGCGCUCUUUACAAUAUGCCAUACUGUUAUCACUCAGCCAUCACAGCCAAAAUAAACCCAUCAUCAUUUCAUUAAA